UCCCUUUGUUUAAUUUAUUCUUCGUGACUUGCUAAUUUACUGUUAGCAUUUUGGACUUAUGAGCUGUCUAUUCAUUGUAUUAAUGGCAGAACUCUGUAAAGUGCUUUUACCUGUUUUUUCCGCUAACGAAAACUGAGCGCUUAAUAAUACAGCUUAUAUCUCCUGUCAAUUUCCAUGUAAAUGUAGGCAAUAUUUGUUACAAGUUCGGUUCACAGUUAGUCUUCUUAGUAUGGAAGAUACGAAAAUGUCACCCUAGUAAAGCCCAAAGUUUUCAUGUACAGCCUGAAGUUUGCUGCUUAUCAAAAUGGAUCGUGGACAGCCUGAAUGUUGCCCAUCAGAGUACAUACAUGAUCACUGUUUUUUCCUGCUACAACAGUUACUGUUCUGAGACCCCAGCCGAGGACUUGAACUGUAAGGUGAUUGACUGUGAAGUGGGGUGCGGGGCACGAUUACACUCCUGUAAAGUCAAAGACCAUUAUCUUUGGUGUCCCUUGGUGAAAGCACCAUGUAUAAACUGCGAGAAUGGUUGCCCGAUACUUAUACCUAGGUGGAAAUUAGGAAUUCAUUUAGAGACCUGUCCAGCGAGUGUCAUAAGGUGCUCAAGUGAAUGGAAUCGUUGGCCUUUACACUCGCAAGACAUGAAGGCCAAAGCCGCAAUCCCAUUGGCUAAUCCUCAUAUACGAUGUGCGCAACUAGAUGUUGCAUUGGCCAUGCGGGACCAGAGGAUGCUGAUAGAGUCACUGAAGGCACCAGUCAGAACACGACGUGUGUUGCGCAAUGCUCUAACAAAGAGGUUCCCGGCUGUACCAUUUGACUACAGAAGCAGCUCAGUGGAGUCUGAUAUGGCUAACUCUGUGGACACAUCUCACUCUGUAUCUGAUGAUGACAGUGAUGCGCCCUGGGAGUCCUGGACAAGUCCACCUGGGCUACAGAGGAGCGUCUGUAGCCAGCUGUAUAGAGCCUCACAACAGACAACAGAGUCUCUCUCUGCUGCACUUGAUGUUCUUGCUAACCAUAUCAACAGCCCUUUGACAGGUAUCAUGGAAGGCAAUGAAAUGAUGGAUCUAGAGGACCAUCCAGGGGAAUCUCUGACUGACCAUAGUAGUUCACUUACUCGCAAACCCAACACCAAAGAGGACACGGCAGUGAAGAAUCUAACCACCAAACCAACCGCAUCUCAUAUCGGCCAGAGUAAAUCAUUGACGGACAAUCUGUCUUCAGAUCAUGAGGAUUUGUUGCUCCGAAAGUCAUCAAUCUCAAAAGUUUCGUCUGAACCAUCUCUGGGAUUAUCUACUGCUCGUCAGCUUGUUGAUUACAGCAAAGAAAUAGAGGAACCGAUGAAACUGAACGAGGUUUUAGGUGUGGACAUUAAUAUUGAAUCGAUCACGCGGUACCAGCCUACCCCUGCCAUGUACACAUUUUUGUGUGCCCAGGAGUUCAGGAGAGAUGAAUAUCCAUGGCACUUCAAGAACGUCCACAAUGAUAUUCAUUGUCUGCUCAAUGGCUGGCUGGAGCAGCGAUGUCCGCUGGCGUGUUACGGUUGUGAGUUCUCAUUUCAGAGGUUUUGUCCCACAGAGAUGGGCUCAGAGGUUGUACAUAGCAUGAUAUCUGAGAGCUUUGGUGUACGGGCCACCGUAUGAGAAGUCAUGGCUUGUUACCGCAAGGAUGCGUUCACUGAUAUGCAGGAAUCAAGCAAGAGUGGGGACAAUCUUAAAAGCGAUUCAUGUCACAAGACUGUGAAGGAGCGAGAAGCCACACCUGAAAUCUCCACCUCCUACAAGUAUGACUCCGAUAUUCACAUCCAGCCGUUUUAUAACAAGAAAUUGUCAGACAGAGGGCUUGAUGAAGAGCAGGACUUGCUGACUACCCUCCCAUAUGAGGUUUUACAUCGAAUUGCUCGGUCUCUCGACAGCUUCAGUCUCUCUAACUUGGCUCUCACCAGUAAAUUUCUUCGAGAACUUUGCUGUAACAUGCUAGAGGAGAGAGGUGUGGUCGUACAGGUGUGGGAGAAGAAAAGAAUGGGACAGAGGAAUUUCUGGCACAUCGCCUACAAGAAAUGGUUUUUCAGUACCUCAUUCACACCUGUGGAGAGAUGGCUCUUUCAGAACAACAACCCAUUGGCUGACCACCUAAAGGUGUGUCCGUAUAACCAGGAUCAUGGUCUGCCAAACGAGCCGGUCAAGCUACCCUCACUGGACGUUACGCGCCACAAGGCCACCAAACCCAGGCUUUAUCAAAUGUUGCAGGGUGACAGUGAUGAGGCAAUGGGACUUUACAUGGUGGGCUGAGAGAUAACUCUGUCAAGCUCUGUCAGCCAGAGUUGUCUUCCCUUAGUUACCG